UUCACAUUACUGAAUUAUUCGAACGCAGUUAUCCGUUGACCAGCAUUUAAGUAGUUGUAGAUGUUCCUGAUCAAUAUUGUAGCUGAAUUUGUUUGACUUCAAUUAUUCUCAAAACAAGUUACUAUAUACGAAAAGGUAAUAAAUACAAGUCAUUGGCUCAGAAUCAAUACUAUUAAAAAAUACGAUGAAUUAUUUGAAAGCAGUUUUGAUGUUAUGGACCUACAAUAUAGCUUUUAUUACAUCGGAGAACACUACCGUCGUCCGCGGCAGUAUAAACGCAUGGGAUAGUAAACAAACCUAUUGCGGUGAAUUGCUCACUAGAUCUAUAGAAAUUCUCUGUGUAGAGAUGAGAAUAAAGCGGCCGCGGCCGCGGCGUCCAAGAGAUAUUGUUGAACAAGCCGUAGGUAGACGCCACAGAAACCACCUAUUUUUUCAAAAAAAUUGCUGCGACAGUCCAUGCAACUUAAACUUUAUAAAAGCUCAUUGUCCGGUAAAACGUAAAAGACAUAAUAAGAAAAAUGAGAAUAAGAAGAAUCCCUCAGUGUCUCCGGUUAACAGGACCCAAAAACCAAUUAUAACUAGAACCAACACCACUGCAUUACCGUUUGAUAUGUUGUUAAGACAUAAGAUAAAGAAUGCCACAGUUUCAACAAGUGCAACUACUACAACAUCUACAAGUACAACACCUAUAAGUACAAUACCUACAACUACAACACCUAUAAGUACAACACCUAUAAGAACAACAUCUACAAGUACAACAACAACUACUACUACUACUACAGAGGACCCUUCAUACGUAGACUAUGCAUUUUUUUUAGGAUUUCCACCAUAG